UCCCUCUUCACAUGACAGUGUAUCAUCAUUCUCAAACAAGAUGUCGGCUUCAACCAAUCGACGAAAUCAGGUGAUGGUUGGGGAUCUCCCCACUGACUUCCUGCGUAUCUCGGGGCAACCCACACAGAUGAUGGAGGACGAGAGGAUAGCCCAGAUCCUGCAGGCUCAGCAGCAAGCAGGGGUGGGGAUGAUGCCUGCCAACAUAGUUGGCAGACUCAGCAUUACUGUCGUUCAGGCCAAGCUGGCGAAGAACUACGGUCUGACCAAGAUGGACCCCUACUGCAGAAUCAGACUGGGGCACACGGUGUUUGAGACGCCCACAGCUUGUAAUGGCGCAAAAAAUCCCAGAUGGAACAAGACUGUGCAGACGUAUCUCCCAAAUGGAGUGGAUUCGAUGUAUAUCGAGAUCUUUGAUGAGAGGUCCUUCACGGUGGAUGACCGGAUUGCAUGGGCCCACGUCACUAUCCCGGCAUCGUCCCUGAAUGGCGAAACUUCGGAUGAUUGGUAUCCUCUGAGUGGUCGCCAAGGAGACGAGAAGGAGGGAAUGAUCAACCUUGUGAUGAGCUUCACAGCUGCGGCAGAUAUGCCGGCAUCAGCGUUCACGUAUGCGCCCCCCACGUUCCAGACAGUUCCCGCUAUGAUGCCUAUGUACUACCCAGCAGUACAGCCUGUCGUUGUUGGAGUUGCACCAGGGAUGCAGCCCGGUGUGCAGCCGGGGAUGGUGUACCCACAGCAGAUGGUGCAGCAGCAGCAGCAGCAGCAACAGCAACGAGGACCUUUGUACACAGAACAGGACCUCCAACAGGUCAAGGACAUGUUCCCAAAUAUGGAAGACGAGGUGGUGAAAUCGGUGUUUGAGGCGAACCGCGGCAACAAGGAUGCAACCAUCAACUCACUGCUGUCCAUGAAUUCAGACUAACUGGAAACAUGUAACAUACUUAAAACAUUCUGGAUGACCAUAAUAUGAGGUUCGCCUUCAGGACCAAUCAAUGUUCCAAAUAAUUCACAUUAAUUAGAAAACACAAAUUGUGCUAUGAGUCUUUCAAGGGCUACAGUUAUCUGAAAGCCCUGUGCUGUUGUCCAUGAAUUUGAUAUUUCCAGCCUCAGGGGACGCCAGUCUUCAUGGCUCCCUAUCUUUAUGCUUCAUUUGUGUAUGAUCGAAUGAACAAUUUUUUCAAUUUUCAAAUUUUGCAUGAGCAAGCAUUGUUUGAAACCAAUGAUGUAACUCAAGGCAUCCUUGUCACUACCCUUUUGUUAAAGGUUAAAGAUUUUGGAGGAUCCUGGAUUAAUGUACUAUGUGAGCAAACUUCGAGCACCCAAAAACCCUCUUUUAUUUGGAACACUGAACAAGCAUUUAAUUGUAUAUAUCUAUUUUGAGUCCAUAGUCUCUGCUAUUACUAUUUCCAAUUUUGGUUUGGGAUCAUGCUGAAUCGAGUACUGAAUGUGUAUUUUUGACAAAGCAUCCUAUCUGUUUGUAACACUUUGUAGAAGGACUUAACAGGUUGUGGAAAGACUUAAGAUAGCUUGAAUGUCCGAUUUAUUUUGAUUAAGCAGCAAAUGAAAUGAACACUUGAUGACUACCUUUAAGUAUCCAAUUAUUUUAUUCAAGAUACAAAGGAUACAAAUACUCCUUCCUUCAGUAUUCGUAAUUGAAUUGUGAGUUCAUUCUUUUUUCCAACGGGGCGGUCGGGUAGCCUAGUGGUUAAAGCGUUGGCUCGUCACGCCAAAGACUCGGGUUUCGAUUCCCGACAUGGGUACAAUGUGUGAAGUCCAUUUCUGGUGUCCCCCGCCGAGAUAUUGCUGGAAUAUUGCUAAAAGCGGCGUUAAACCAUACUCACUCACUCACUUUUUUCGGACACAAAGUAUGAUAAAAAUAGGCAUCAGAAAUGAUGACAUAAGAACUCUUAUAACUAUGAAGCAUCGUUUACUUUUAAUGUUGAAAGUUGAUUUCGGAAAGAGAUGGCCAGUGUUAACAUGAGUACGUUAAUUUAAUUUGAUUUUCUUAGAAGAUUUUCUUAGAAGAUAUUCUAUGUGGGAUUACUAUUUGUUCAGUAGUUCAUUUUUAUCUUGUAUUUACCCUUUGUUUCGAAAUGGAGACUAACCUUCUGGGCAAAUGUCAUUGAAAAUUUGGAAAGUUUCUGAACCAAUUUUAUAUGGUGUGAUGUUAAAGUGCGAUAUCUCUCAAUUGUAAAUACAUAUAUGCAUAUUUUCUGCUUUAACUGUCUACUUAGUUGAUGAGUAUUAGAGUUUAAUCAAAAAUACGAAAACUCCAUUGGCCUGUAUAUAUUAUAAUAUGAUCACAUGAUUAAUACACCUGUAACAUUACACUUUGUCACAAGACAUCUUGAUGGUAAGGCUCUCAUAUGAGCACAAGACUGCAAUACACAUGCUCAUGGGUUAAUAUACUACAGUGGCUUUUUCUCCCACAUCGAGCUGCCAUGGUAACUAAAAUACUGUACAAAGCAUCUUCCUGAGGCCAGGGAGUUAACUGACUAUAAAAGUCCAGUUUCCAUACAGAGUUGUGCCCCUUAGAAAUGCCAAAUACCUAUGAUUGUGGGUUCGAUUCACGGUUUGCCCCAAUUAUGUUUCUAGGUUUGUACUGGCAUUCCUCCCACAGUAAGCUGACGUGACAUGAUAUAACUGGAAUACUGUUCAAAGUGGCGUUAAACCCACUCACUGACACUCUCUCAUACCAACAGACUAGUUUCUUAUACACGUACCUGCAUGCCUGCCGUCAAAGGUGACUAUGCUUGCCGUCAAAGGUGACUAUGCUUGCCGUCAAAGGUGACUAUGCUUGCCGUCAAAGGUGACUAUGCUUGCCAUCAAAGGUGACUAUACUUGCCGUAAAAGGUGACUAUGCUUGCCGUCAAAGGUGACUGUGCUUGUCGUAAAAGGUGACUAUGCUUGCCGUCAAAGGUGACUAUGCUUGCCGUAAAAGGUGACUAUGCUUGUCGUAUAAGGCGACUAAUGGGAUCGGGUGGCCAUGCUCGCUGACUUGGUUGAUGCAUGUCAUCGAUCCCAAUUGUGUGGAUCGAUGCUCAUGAUGUCAAUCAGGUCCAGACUCGAUUAUUUACAGACUGCCAUCAUAUAGCUGGAAUACUGCUGAGUGCGGUGUAAAACAAAAAGCAAACAUGUAUCCAUGUGUUUGUAUUGUAUCGAUACAUGACCUAAUGAUGUACUGCUCAUAUUGUGGCACAAUGCAUCAUGAUGCACCAUUGUGGGAGGACUAGUUGCAGCCCUUGUGACUUUGUAUAUCCUUUGCUAACCCCAUAGACAAAUAUGUAAAGAUGUUAACAUCAAACAUUAGGUGAGAAAGCUUGUCUAAAGACAGUAGGAACAUACCCAGAUAAUAUAUAUCCUUGCGCAGUGAUACUUGCCAUUGGGGUCAAAGACUGAGCAUAGCAUGUGGUUAUGUGUGUAGUGGGAAAAUGUAAUUAGAGAGGCGCACAAGACUGAAUGCUUUUGUAAGGGCAUGCUUGACACAGUUGCUAAGUGCCCCAAUUCGCUGUGCAGAGUUGCACCCCUCAGGCAUGCCAGGAACCUAUUACCACAGGUGUUGAGUUCAGAUUGGUUCUCAGUGGGCACGGGUGACACGGCAGUUCGCUGUGCAGAGUUGCAUCCCUUGGGCACGUCAGAAACCUAUGAUUGUGGGUUGGAAGCCCUGUUCGCCCAGAUUAUGUUUCUAGGUUGUCAGCACCUUACCUGUGCUCGUGGGUUUCACCGAAGUGGUAAACAUCUGAGACCUGCAUCACUUCAAGCUUUCCUCCCGCAUUAAGCUGACAUGUCGUGAUAUAACUGGAAUACUGUUAAAAGCGACGUUAAACCAAACUCACUCACUCACUCACUCACUCAGAUUGGUUCUGAUUGAUUCUUGGUUCUUCAGCAUCAUACCCAAGGGUUCACCCAAGAGGUAAACGUUCGACAUGCAGCACUUUGGGAUUUCCUCCUACUCCGAGCUUACACGCUGUGAUGUAACUGAACCCGAUACACAGCAGUGUUGAACCAAUCUCACUCACACGCUGAAUGUCUCCAGGAAGUGUAAUGGGUCUGCAUCCACUUCGCAUCCAAUAUCAAUUUCCCUUUUAAGAACGAUGCAACCUUUUGCUGACUAACGAAAAAGAAGAAGAUUGUUUUGUUGAGCUGUGUUAUAACUUGGCAGCAGAUGCUCCAGAUGGUUAGGGGUCACCACAGACUGGGAUAUGAUAUGCCAUUGAGGUGUGUUCUGCUUCAGGCAUAUUUCUCAUAGCCUUAUAUAUUUAAAAAAAAUAUGAAACAUCAACGCCUGUUGACAGACAGACAGACAGACAGACAAUUUAUUCAAUAAAAGGCCACUGGCCCAAAAUACAUGCAUAUGCAGGAAUACAUAAAGCUUGCGCAAAAUGACAUUUACAAACUGGGAAAAUUUACAUUAUUUACAUUUAAAAAAAAUAUUUUUUAACACCUGUUGAUUAUCCAAUGAAACAGAUUCCACUUGACGUAAAAGUCAAAAUAGCAGUGCACAUUGUAUGAAUGGAUCACUGACAGUCAGUAUGGACACAAGGUGUUCACGAAAAGGGUCUUUCCGGCAUUGAUGAAUACAUUUUCACUUUGAGCCUGCACAUUUUACGAGAAUUUUUUUCCAAAAAAUAAAAGAAAUUAUGUGCAUGAGUGUACACCGUAACUAUGUGUAAGAGAAAAUGUCUGUAUUUCGGAAGUGGGUUCCUACAUCGUGUUGUGUGUUACUGUUCGAUUGAUGUAUUAACCACAGAUGUUGUGGUUAUCCCUGACCUGUUUCUGUGGUAAGUCAAAGUGAAAAGAUUGUCAGUUUGACUGGUUUAUGUGACGUAAAUUGAAGAAUUUAUUCUGCACUGGGAAUGGAGUCGUUAUUUCUCAUACUACUUAAGCAUGCUGAGAAAGAUUUAUGCCAAACAAGUGGACAAACCAAAUGGUAAUCUGAUAAACCAAUGAAAUAAUAUUUGGAAAGAUAUAUCAGCUUGAAUCUUGAUUUGCUACACCAGUAUUUUGUCUAAAAUUGUAUGAAUAUUAUUUUAAAAAAUUAUGGUUUUCAAUGAUGUAAUUUAUUGUAUUCUUUCCAGUUGCCAAUGUGAUUAAGCUGUUGAUGCCAAUGAAAGCAUCUGUGGUCUAAAACAGUUGUAUGAUCUCCAUAGGUUUCCUCCUGCACAGUUCCUGUUCAUGUCUAGUGUACAGGAUGUGUAGCCAAUCAUAGUAAUCAGUUGCUUUGCUGUAUAGUGUUCUGUCUGCCAGGCGUUUUAGUGGGGAUAUUCAUUUAUCAAGAUUAAUUUCAUGUUUGUUCCUCUUGGUGCAAUUAUCAUAUAUCCAAUCAUUAUUUGGGAAAUAUUAUGUAAUGUUAUUAAGUAUAUCCUUUGAUCAUUUCUUAGGACAGAUAAUGCAAUCCAUCUGGCCAAGAAAAUGUUUGUUUCGGGUACAUUGCCAUUGGUUAAUGAUAAUCUUGAUUAUUGUAAUAUAUUUACAGUGAUGAACUUAGUUUUUACUUUUCAUGCAAAGAGUAAGUUAUAUUUAUAACAAACUGAUUUGCAAGUUCAAAAAGUUUGUUUGAAAUUGAGUUUACUGGAUAAUAUUUUGCCGUACUUGUUAGGAAACGGUGUUUUUGGGUGCAUUUGGACAUGAUGUAUUGUUGAAGAUCUUAUUUGUUUGCUGUUAUCAACACUUGUCCUGUGUGAGAGCUUCGUUAACUUAACCUCUGCACACUGCUGAUGUACUAAUCGUUUUUUCCCUGUACAGUAAUAUGAUGAUGUCAAAAUAAAUAUCCAUGUUGA